AUUAUCCCCACUAUAUUCUUUUUGUAUGCUAUAUAUUAUGCAGAAUGAAGAUGCUCGAAUGCAGAAGAGGCGGGCUCUAUGACAUUGGGUUCAUUGACCCAAACACCAUUCAUGAAGUUACGGUUCAACAGUACGCCAAGGACAUAGAGGACAACUUGCUAAGGUUUUUACAGAAGCAAGAAAACAAAUCAUAAAUAUUCCAUCCUUACAACUUCGAGUGAAUGUUAUAAUUGUCUUACAUACAUUAGAUUUCGCUUACUCGAUGUGAAGUCUAAAUAAUUCGGCGAGUUAUGCGUGUGUAGCUUCCACUAUAUUCUCCUAAUCAUUCAGCUUAACAAAGGAGUAGUACUUGUCAUGGACUCGAAACGUAAAGACCAUGGGCAAUGGGCGAACAUGGGUUUCAUGCUCCAGAGGGAUUGGAAACGGUUCAUCAAGACUGCCGGGGGUGAAUGGAAACCGGAGCUUACAUUUGAAGAUUAUCCUUGUUUGAAGCAGGAACCCGAGAAUAACUUAUGUGGAUACCACGUCUGCGAGUUCAUUCGCGAGAUGGCCUAUCACAGGGACCCGGAGGCGGCUAUACAUUCCAUUCGUAUGGAACGCCUACGGGACUCUCUCCUAACGGAGGAUCACAUACGAUCAAUUCAAGAGGAACUUGCGGGAUUCAUUGUUAGGGAGGUCAUAGCUCCAAUUAGAACAUACCAUCGGGAGUUCGUAUAUGACAUUAGGCAUAUAAAAUAUAUAUGGUAA